CACUCCCCAUUCCUCAGUACCUCAGCUCAGUACCAAACACAUGAUCGUACAAAGACAUUUUUAUUUCACCCGUAAAGUCGUGUUACAGAUUUUCUGAAUUGAAGAUGACGCCCGUAUAUUUUGUCGCGCUUUUAGCAUUUAGCCUGCACACAACUACCGUCGAGGCCACCAGAUGCUAUGAGUGUCAAUACUCCAAUCAUCCCGGAGGGGACCUCGUCACCUCACUACUGUCUGAUACAUUCAACAACCUCGGCUUGAACCUUAAUCUGGACAAUUCAACAUCAUCGGAACAGUGUGCAGACAAAACGACCCUGAUGCCAGAUGAUGACUCGAAAACUGUUAACUGUGAAGGUGCAUGCUACAAGUUCAAGUUCAGUGAGGAUGAUAAAACCUGGGUAGCCAGAGGUUGCUUCCAGAUGCCGGUAGAGGAAAAGUGUGAAAAGCAAAAGCAGCAGGAUGGAGAGGUGUGGACAUGCGUAUGUUCUGGUGAUCACUGUAAUGGCGCAAUCGCACAUAGCUUCACCCUAGCCGCCCUUCUGCUGACCUUGUUCAGCACAGCUCUGCUUCUCUAAGUUUAGACAUAAAUGUGGGAUGAAAUCUUGAGAUUGUAGCGAACCGUCGCAUGUUAAAUAAUGCUGCAGUGAACAUAAAAAAUAGUGGCUUUCAACAGUACCACUUAGUUUCUUGUAAACUUUGUACACGUCUCACAAAGACUUCCAAAUGUAUCAGUUUGAUGGGCAUAAGACAGAUGCUCUAAAAUGUGGGUUGUAAACAGUAGGUUGGUUCAUUUGCCUAAUCAAACAUAAUUUGUGAGAUCAUAACUGCAAUAACUGAAACAACACAUGUAUACAGCAAUAUUUAGAUCUUCUAUCCCACUCUGGGAGUUUUAUGGGUGCAUAAUAUCAACUCUCUGGUUAUCAUUUGUGGGAUUUACCCAUAGAUGGUUCUGUAAAAUCACAAUGAAAAUUGUCAUGGUGUUGGUAGCUCAUGUGACAUUAUGCUUCGUAGUUGUUGUUUUCUAUGGUUUGGAAGUAUUGAUCUUAGUGAGACAUAUGUUUGUAUCGGUUUUUGUGUGAAUACAUUCGUAGGUUUAAAGAAGGAACAGCUGGUCAUACUUGGUGAUAUUUCAAUUUAUUUUGGCGCCAAAUCGUGUCUAUUUAAGUUAAUUCAAACAGUUCAAACGUUUUUCCGAUUUUUGUAACAUUUAUCAACUGGAUGCAUAAUUAGUGAGCUGAAGUUUGAUUUGGAGGUUGUCUAUUUUUAUAGCCCCUGACAUUAAAAUAUUAAUUCAUAACUCGUUUGAUUAGGUUGUGUGUGUUUCAUUAAUGGCUGGUGUAAUAGGGCAAAGAUAAUGCCAUACGUGUUUUUUUGUGUUCGAAUAUGGUACUAAACGAUUUUAAGAAUUGAACAGAAAAGCUGUGGUAGAUGAAAAACAAAUGUUCUUUAUCAUUGCCAUUGAAACUAUCUGUAUUCUUAUGUGUUUUGCUAAUUUGGUCCAUAGACUGUUCGUCUGCCCAUCGAGCUGUAUUCAUAUGAAUAUAUAGAUGGUUUUUCAACACUCUUGACAGUAACAUUAUGCUGAUUAUCAUGACUAAUGUAACGGUAUUAUAGUUAUUGCUUUGGUAUAUUCUAUCAAAGAUCAAGAUCAGGGCUAUGCAAUUGAAGACCUUCCCUGUGAUUCCUCUUACAAUAGUUUGUCGGUUACACUUGUUGGCAUCAAGCUACACAGCCAGCUCUUCACACCACAUUUGUCACCAGUAGUCGCAGGUGUGGUAUUCAUUGUAUUGUAUUAAAUUCGUAUUUAGUUUAUAUUAAGUGUAGGUACGUAGUGUAUAACUUGUUAACGUGAUUAGUUUGCAUGCACGUGUCGUUAGUUGUUUUUGUGUUUCAUAUAACGUUACAUACACACGAGAGAGGAGAGAGCGAGAGAAAGAUUGAAAAACAAACAAAAAAUUACUUUACUACAAUAUUAUAGCCCCUGUUGACCAGUUUGGCCCGUAUGGCCAAUUUUAGUGAUAGUAAUAUAACGGGUAAUAGCACUAGGUGAUAACACCAGGUGAAUCAAUUACACCCUCUACCAUUCCAGCAUGGAUUUAUUCUACGUUCAAAGUAAUUGUAGUGAUGUUAGUAUUUGAUAGUAUUUCACGCGCACACACGCACACCUACACGCACGCAUGCACGCACGCACGCACGCGCGCACACACACACACACACACACACACACACACACACACACACACACACACACACACACACACACACACACACACACACACACACACACACACACACACACACACACACACAACACACAACAGAUGUUAGAUAAUAGAAUGACCAUAUGUAAUGUGUAAAAUGUGAUUGAUGUAAUUUCAAAUUUGAUGUGUUUUUGUGUGGGUCAGGGUAUUUUAAGUCAUAGUAUCACAGUCUGUACCCUUUAAAGUUAGAAUUCGAUGGGUGUUUUAAAUAAAAUGUUUCACCUGAGA